UUUUUUAUUCCAUUUCUUUUUAUGAAUCGGUUUAACCGAUAAAAAUUGGCCAAAAAAAGAAGAAUUUCUUCACAGUCCGCUGGUUGAAUAUCGUUGUUAUUGCCUUUCCUUCAAUCGACAGCCAUGCAAAGUUAACGAAAGGAUGUAGAGGAUCGAAAAGCAAGAAUCUUGUAAUGUUUGCGCGUGGGUUGUGUAUAUAGAAUUUUGGAACCAACUAGAAAUAAGCAUUAAAAUAAAAAGAGAUAAUGAACAUGAGCGGAGCAUAACAUUCAUAACGUCAACAACAAUAAUUCUUGAAGAAAAUGGAACGAGAAAAUUGAUAUAUGGAUAUUAUAUCUUAAGAUUCAUCAAAAUUAGUAAGUAAAAUGGAUUGACAUAUUUGAUCUUUAGAAUCAUCUACAUUGCCAAAAUAUUUGAGUGAAAUUUGUUUCAAGUCAUGAAAAUUCACCAUCAAAUAUGGCCGUUUCGAUCUCAAGUAAUUUACAAUCGACACAAUACAUCGAUAUAUCGGCGAAAAAAAACAGAAAUAGUUUUUCAUCAUUUUCAUCCGCUACAAAUCCUACGACAAUAUCAACGUUAUUGGAUGUACCUAUUAUCAACAAUAGAACUAAAAAACAUGAUCAUCAUCAUGAAAAUCAAAGAAAUCAUCGGAAAAAUCGUCGGCGGAAACAAAAACAUUUUCUUACACGAACUAAAGCUAUUGAACAGACAUAUGUGCACGAUGUUUAUUCAAUUAUAGCUAAAUCACCGGAUUUACAAUGCAUAUCGCCGUACGGUACAUCAGUGAAACAAUUUCUAUCUGAUUUUGAAUCCGGAAGUCUAAUUUUGGACGUGGGAUGUGCAGAUGGUCAAUAUUUGAAUCAGCAUUCCAAUAUGUUGUUAGUUGGUUUGGAACAUUGUGAACAAUGGUUUCAACAUGAAAACUACAACCAUGAAAGUGAUAAUGUGAUAAGUAAUUAUCUAUUACUUGGUGAUGUUGUCUAUCUACCAUUUCGUGAUGAUCUAUUCGAUGGUAUUCUUUGCUGUGGUGUCAUACAUCAUUUAUCAACCCUUGACCGUCGUAUAAUAGCCUUACGAGAAUUGGCCAGAAUUAUGCGUAUCGGUGGACGUGUAUUGAUCACUGUGACUGGCUAUCGUAAUGUACCAGCCAUUGGUGAUCGUAUACAGUCACAGGAUUUACUGAUUAAAGUAACCAAUAAUAAUAAGAAACAAAUAGUGGAUAUCGAUGGAAAUUCAAAACGAUAUUCAUUAACAGCAUCCGAAUCUAGCGCAUCUGGUUUUGCGGAUGAUGAUCAAACAAAAAAUGGUCAUAGUUCAUCGAAUAAUUCCGAAUUAGAAAAUUGCUAUUCAUUUUUUAAAAAGGCCAUCAAACGUUUUAGUUUAGCAUCCAGCAAUAUUUAUCCAUUUCGAACAUCAAUAGAUUCUUCGCCAUCUGCGACAAUCCAUAAUCAAUUUAUAUUUAAUCUUGGUAACGGUGAUGAUUAUCCUAUUGAAUUGACAAAUUUGAAUGAUGACGUUGAUAAUGUUGAUGAAGAAGACGGUGAUAAAAUUAGUCUUUAUAGUUCGACGACAACAACAACAACAUCAGAUGCCGAUUCAGCAUUGAGUUCAUCAUUCAAUCGUAGUUCUGGUUGUAUGAGUCAAACAAGUCAAUCAACAAUGAAUAAUGUCAUGUUUUCAUCAUCAUCCAUACUGAUGACUAUUAAAGAGCAUCUUUUAUUAUGGAAAGCACAAGUAGCCACAAGUAUUGAGCAAUCAUUGCAAUCAUUUGAUGUGGAUGAUAUGAAUCUAGACGAUUCACAUAAGAAUUUUCAAUUGAAACAGCAACAACAACAGCCUCAAAUAUAUCAUCGAUUUAGCCUGCCAAUUGCUGGAUUAUGGCGUCCAAUUAGCAAUCUGAAUAAAACACUAGAUAAUAAUUUAUCACCAAAAUCGGCGUCAGCAGCCAAAUCAAAAUCAGCAAAGAAUAAAAUCUAUGCUUCGAAUGAUUUAGAAAGUACACAAAUGAUGCUUUUACCAUCAGACAAUAAUGCUGGAACCGAUUUCGAUCACAAGGAUAUCAAUUUGAAUCGAAUGAUUGCAAAACAAAACAUUAACCGAAUCAUCAUCGGCAACCAUUAUACAUUGCUGUCAUUUUAA